AUGGAAGAACGAAUGAACAUUGAUGCAACUGACAAAGAUAAUGAAUUGGCUGCAACUGAGUAUAUUGAUGAUAUUUACAAGUUUUACAAACUCAGUGAAGAUGACUGUCCUGUACAUGAUUACAUGGUUUCACAGUCGGAUAUAAAUGCUAAGAUGAGGGCGAUUCUUAUUGAUUGGUUGAUUGAAGUUCAUCGAAAAUUCGAACUCAUGCUAGAAACUUUCUAUCUGACUCUUAACAUAGUGGACCGAUUCUUGUCCAUGAAGGCUGUUCCUAGAAAGGAAUUUCAGCUUGUUGGCAUAAGCUCAAUGCUUAUUGCAUCUAAAUAUGAAGAGAUAUGGGCACCAGAGGUUACAGAUUUUGUAUGAAUA